AUGACGUGGCCCAACAUAACGUACAGCAAGAUUUGCUCCUACUUCGUGCAAUCCAUGGCAAUAGAUGGAAAAGCAAUGGACAAUCUGAAAGCCUCAGAGGCAUAUCAAUAUCUGCACAGCAACAAAGUCGGUUGUGUCAUGUCAUACAAACAUGAUCGUUUUGUUUAUCUGAAAGCAAAUGUAGAGCCUAGCCAGUGUUUGAACAAUGCAUGGCAUAAUGCUUGGGUGCUGGUAACUGAAGCUGGAGAAGUCAAAACUGUGGGAUGUACGUGUGUUGCUGGACCAGGGAGAUCUUGUUCCCACUCAGCUGCGAUCCUGUGGAAGGUAGAAAAUGCUGUGAGACAGGGGAAAACCGGGCGUGCCUGCACAGACGGACAGAACCAGUGGAAUGCUGGGUCUAAAAGAAAUGCUGGUCAGAGGAAGAUGAAGUAUGUCCGCUUCAAACGACCCAACAGGAAGGGUCUCUACCAGCCGCCAUCCUCUACCACUCCAGAACCGGCACAGGAGGUGACACUCUUUAGGACUCAUGAAGAGUGGAGGAAGAACGCACUUGCCUCACCAAUGGCAGCACUUUUCCAUUGGCCUGGGAAUAGCCUCCUGCAGCUCUGCUUUAAUGCUAACACCUCCUCCAUCACCGAGCCAACACCAUGUCCACACCUCCAUCUCCUACACCAUGAUGAGCACUGUUAUGCUAUAGCAGCAUUUAUGAUGUAG